UCUUCCGGCAGUGCUAAGAAGAAGGCGUGAUGGUGACGUCAUUGUUGUUGUCGUCAUUUUUGAGUCUUAUGCUGCUCUUUAUCAACUUAACAUGUCUGUCAAGUCUUUCAACUUCACAUUUUCUUCAACAUGUCUGUCAAGUCUUUCAACUUCACAUUUUCUUCAGCAAGUCUUUCAACUUUCUUCUCUGGGGAGCAACUAGCGAGGGCGGGAACUUGUUGACGUUCUUCCGCGGAGGAGGAAGAACUUUGUCAAAGCAAAGAGGAGAACGGACAACAUUGCUUUUUGCCGCAGAACAGCGCCGCCAACAAUGGAGGAGGACGUUGACGAGACCACGCCGGGCUGCAAGGCGGAGCAGGAGAAGCCGCGGUACCCCCGCUUUAAAGAUAAAGAGCAGGACCACAGCAUCAGUCGGGAGGACCCGGAAGGACUGGAGGACGAGCCAGUGAUCCGGGUCGUCUUGAAGUGUGAGGAGGACGAGGUCGAAGGUGAAAAUGGGGAGAAGAGAGAGGCAGACCCUCCGAGCAGCAGCUGGACGCCAGAAGCCGAUGUAGACCACUUGGGGUCAGCUCCAGGACCAGGUAGUGACCACACCACCACACACUCCACUCCUCAAAUGACCACAGAAGCCGAUGUAGACCACUUAGGGUCAGCUCCAGGACCAGGUAGAGACCACACCACUGCACACUCCACUCCUCACAUGACCACAAAAUCUAAUGUAGACCGCUUGGGGUCAGCUCAAGGACCAGGUAGUGACCACACCACUGCACACUCCACUCCUCACAUGACCACAGAAUCUAAUGUAGACCUCAUGGGGUCAGCUCCAGGACCAGGUAGAGACCACACCACCGCACACUCCACUCCUCACAUGACCACAGAAUCUAUUGUAGACCACAUGGGGUCAGCUCCAGGACCAGGUAGAGACCACACCACCGCACACUCCACUCCUCACAUGACCACAGCACCCGAUGUAGACCACAUGGGGUCAGUUCCAGGAUCAGGUAGAGACCACACUACCGCACACUCCACUCCUCACAUGACCACAGAGGCCGAUGUAGACCACAUGGGGUCAGUUCCAGGAUCAGGUAGAGACCACACCACCGCACACUCCAAUCGUCACCUGGACAACACCCGAGUGAUGUGCUCCGAAUGCGAGCGAGAUUUUUACGACAAGAAAACGCUGACAGUGCACAUGCGCACGCACACCGGAGAGAAACCGUUCAUCUGCGCUGUGUGCGGCAAGACAUUCGCCCAGAGGGGGAAUCUGAUCAAACACACCAGGACGCACACGGGCGAGAAACCCUUUUCCUGCCCGUUCUGCACCACCAGUUACAGCGACCGCUCGACUUUGGUCAAACACAUCAGGCGACACACCGGGGAGAAACCAUUCGGCUGUUCCCACUGCCCGGAAAAGUUCUCCCGCAAGUCAAACGUGAUCACGCACACGAGGACGCACACCGGAGAAAAACCCUUUCGCUGCGCGUUCUGCAGCGCCGCCUUCGGCGACCGCUCCACGUUGAACAAGCACGCUAGGACGCACACGGGGGAGAAACCUUUCGGCUGCUCGGUGUGCGGGCAGAGGUUCUCGCAGAGGGAGCACCUGAGAAGACAUGCUAGGACGCACACCGGGGAGAAACCCUUCUCCUGCGCCGUUUGCAGCAAAAGCUUUAGCGACCGCUCGACGUUUGUCCGGCACAUGGGGAGACACCCUGGACAAGUGUUCUCAGACGCCAACGUGGACCCAGGGCACUGAAGCCACCCGCACAGAGACUAGGGUUUUACUGGCUGACACCAGACUGGGGACUAGGAAGGACUUGGCAAUGUUUUCAUGGCCGAGGAUCCUCAAACUAAGAAAAACGUGGACCUCACUUUUGUACCUUGUAUGAAAUUGUCUUUCUAAUUAAACCGUUAAUGUACCUUCUUGUCGUGCAGUAUUAGCACGUUGUAGCAGUGCGCCGCUAAUUGCUAGCUGAUAGCCAGCACUCUAAUCGCUAGUUGACAACUAGCAUGCUAAUUGCUAGAGAAAAAUGAGCAUGCGAAUUACCAGUUGAGAACUAGCAUUCUAAUUAUGUUCUCAAUCCCAAAGAAACUGCUUUUUAUUUUAUUUUACACCGAAUGACCAAUAAUGUCAAAACACUACAUUACCUACAAUUCUGAGACUGAGCUGCCUCUUUUUUUAUUAUUUUAAUUUUUUUUUACACCGAAUGACCAAUUAUGUGAAAACACUACAUUACCCACAAUUCUGAGACUGAGCUGCCCAUUUUUUUUUUUUACACCGAAUGACCAAAAAUGUGAAAGCACUACAUUCACCACAAUUCCGAGAGUGAACUGCCCAUUUUAUAAUUUUUUUUAUACCUAAUGACCAAAAAUGUGAAAGCACUACAUUACCCACAAUUCCGAGAGUGAACUGCCCAUUUUAUAAUUUUUUUUAUACCUAAUGACCAAAAAUGUGAAAGCACUACAUUACCCACAAUUCCAAGACUGAGCUGCCCAUUUUUUUUUUCUUUACACCGAAUGACCAAAAAUGUGAAAACACUACAUUACCCACAAUUCCGAGACUGAGCUCCUCGUUUUUCUUCUUUACAUCGAAUGACCAAAAAUGUGAAAACACUACAUUACCCACAAUUCCGAGACUGAGCUGCCCAUUUUUUUUUUCUUUACACCGAAUGACCAAAAAUGUGAAAACACUACAUUACCCACAAUUCCGAGACUGAGCUGCCCAUUUUUUUUUUCUUUACACCGAAUGACCAAAAAUGUGAAAACACUACAUUACCCACAAUUCCGGGACUGAGCUGCCCAUUUUUUAUUUUUUAAUUUUUUUUAU